GGCGUGAGCCCACACCACUCUUCCUCUGUCCAAGAGAAGACCCCAGACCUCUGCUGUGAGGCGCUCACACUCACCCCAACCAAUAAUGUGAAAAUCAGACGGAAACGUUUGUCAGAUGUUUAAACUCAUCGUCGCUUCAUUGUACUUGAGUGCCGUCUAUUUUCAACACUGUCACACAGUUUGCAGUCAGGCUACAGUCGGCUAUCCACAAGGAUACCCGGUGUGAGAUGCGGCAAUGUCCCGAGGAAUAUGCCCACGCGUGAACUCUUGCGGAUCCCUCUGGAUUGUGUCAGCGGUCAUAUUUGCGGCCAGUGUGAUCGACGUGGACGCGUACAGCUGUCAUGAAGUGAGGACCGCUUUCCAGCUGCGGCAGGUCGGGCCGCUGCACCGCGUACCGGAGACACCUGGCACAGAUGUGGAUCUGUUGGUUUGUAAGCACCAGGGUCCGUCCUGCUGCACCCGGAAGAUGGAGGAGAGCUACCAGUUUGCAGUCAAAAGAGAAACCGUCCACAACAUUCACUCCUACAGUUAUGAGCUCGAACACCUCCUCUCAGGCCACUCGGAUGCCUUCCAGGACAUGUUCCAGUACCUUCUCUCCUUCUCUCAGGGCCACUUGAGUUCUCUGUUGGAGGGAACCUACACACCCCUGUCCCGCCACGCCCUACCCCAUGUUAACCAACUCUUCUCCUCGCUCUCCCUCUACCUCCGUGGGGCCAACGUCUCCGUGGAGGCGUCAGUUAACCAAUUUUUUAACAACCUCUUUCCACUUGUCUACACGCGGCUCAUCAAUCCAGGCAUUGAGAGCAGCAUGAUGAUGGGCAAUGAAAUGGGUGACUGUCUCCGUAUGAUCAGGCAGGAUGUCAACCCGUUCGGGCCUCAUCCGGCCGUCAUGGCCCAAGAGGUGGCAGGGGCACUGGGAGCCGGGCGGCAACUGGGCCUGGCCCUGGAGGAGGGUAUGGAGGUGAUGAAUGCCACCGAACAUGUCAGCCUGAGCAAGGAGUGUGUGAAGAGCCUGGUGAAGAUGGUGUACUGCUCCCAUUGCAGGGGCUUGACGCUGAUCAAGCCCUGCGUGGGCUACUGUCUGAAUGUCAUGCGAGGCUGCUUGGCCAGCGUGUCAGAGCUGGAUCAGCCUUGGAGGAGGUAUACCAACCUGUUGGAGCAACUAACCCACGCCAUGGCUGGGCAUCACAGUCUGGAACUAGCCCUUCUGGGGGUCAGGGGGCAUGUUAAUGAGGCCUUGCUCUACGCACAGCUCCACGGACCACUCAUCACUGCCACAGUGGACAAGGUGUGUGGCCUGUCUACUGGAGAACCAACAAGCAUGCAACCUACCAGCCCAGAGGUCACAACCUCUACCGUGACCUCAUCUUCUCCUCUUCCAUCUGCCGCCCCCUCCAAACCUCUACCAGAGCAGUGGCUGGGGCAGUUAGCCCACAUGCGGAGCUCGUUCCCCCUGAAACCCUCCAAGAACAAUAAACAUAGUCUGAGAACACUCUCUAGGGAGUUCUUGAUGUACCUGCAGCGCUACAAGUCUUUCUUUGCAGCAUUGCCGGAGAUGCUGUGCGAAGGGGAGAAUGUAGUUGACGACUCCACGUGCUGGAGCGGCGAUGAUGUUGUGGAGAGCUAUUCUGGCAGAGUUGUAGGAAACGGUCUGCACGCCCAGAGGCAAAACCCAGAGGUCAAAGUUCGCAGCCCAAACCCUGCACUGGCUGAGGCCAAGGAGAGGUUGGAGCGCUUCAUCCAGGAGACCCAGGAGAGGUUUCCAAAACUGGGCCAGAUGGAGGUCUGGGAGGAGAUGGGCAGUGGGGAAACAGAGGAGGGAAGCAGCACAGACUGUGAUGAUGAAGAUGGAUGUCAAGCCUCAGGAGAUGGUCAGAGCCAGACCUCACACACAGAUGCCCCCAGUGAAGGGAAGCCCAUUGCGAGACAGCCCGCAGGUGGCAGCCCCCAUGAGAACCCUUCCAAGCCCCCCUCAGUGAAGGUGAUAGGGGGCUCGGCGUCUGUCAGCUGGGUGCGACCCUGGAGCCUUGCAUUGCUCUUUGCUGCGCUGAGCUUGCAGUGGACCCUGUUCUGAUGCCAGCUCCUUCAAUGAAACCGCCACCCAACCCUGCCUCUCUAGGAACCACACACAUGCACACAGACACCCAUAUCAUAUACAUAUCGCUCAUAGUAUCCUUACUCCUGUCCUCAGCGUACAUGGAUGGAUGGUAACGGGGAAAAAUAAGAAUGGAAAACAAGACGGGGUGUGGAAGAAAAGAGGACGCGGUUGAAGGAGACUUGGGGGGGGGGGCUCUUUGAGGAACUCCUUGUCUUGCAGCAUCACCAGUGUGGGAGAGUUUGCACAAGCUAAUCUCAUGCACGCUCAUCUACAAAGAUUAGGCCCGCUGCUUCUCCAAGGCUGUUCUGGGGCUAGACGUUUGUGUACACAGACACUAAACAGCCCAACUUCUUUGUGGCUCGGAACGGGACUGCAUCACUCCGAUUUUACUUAAAAACGCUUACACAGAUGCGGACUCACAUAUACAGCCGUAAAUGCAGCUGUCUUCUCUUUCUGCUGCUGGUUUUUACUUAUCCUUUCUGACAUAAAAAAAAAACAACUCAUCACGGCCACUGCACCACUUGCCAGCCAGGCAGAAGAAUUCAGCUCAUUUGAAAACUCAACUCAUUUUCUUUUCGCGGAUUAAGGAAUGCAUGAUAGAUAGAUAGAUCAAUCCCAGGGGCCUGGCCCAGAACAGCAGAUUUGAUAUACUCUAAUGACUGUGUACCUUGGCAGGGAUUAGAAUGUAAUGAGUUCACAGGUAGAGCACCGGCACACUUGCACGGCUGAACACACUGUGCAGACAAACUAGGUGUGUAUAGUAUGUAACUGUAUAUAAGUGGAAAGAUUUGAUGGAGUGUAUGAGGUUGUGAUUCAACAAAAAGCUCUUAACUGAUUGAGCUGAAUGGGGUUUUCUUUUCUUUUCCCUUAGCUAUGAAUGGACUAUGCUUAUCUCCUCCAUAGAAUACAAUGCAACAACAACAAAAAACACCUAUAGAGAUUUAACUUCUGUAACAAAUAAUGCAGGAAUGCACAUCAUUUUCCAACUCUAGCUCAUGACAGAAAUGGACAAAUUUUGGAUGCUGAACAAAGUUUGUACAUUGUUGAUUUUACUAAUGUUUAUUGUGCAUACAGUUUUGUGUGUUUGCUCGUUGAAUUGCACAUUAAUGCAUGUAUAACCUACCAAGUUAUCAAAAUUGCCUUUUCCAUUACGUCCCGCCGAUGGCGUGACAUCAGGUUUUAUCUCCCUCUCUCGGAUGAUGGUUUGGAACUUGAAAACAAGAGGAAGGUCGAGCUGCACAUACAACACAUGCAGAUUCAAACACACACGCAAAAAAAAAACAACAACAAAAAGAAAACAAGUAGAAUAUUUCUUUCACACUUGGGUGCAUCUAUUGUUUGAUCCAGUACAGUGGUAGCCAUUGUGUAAGUCCCUCUACAUGGAUUUCUCUUACAUUUUGCCAAAUAAGCUCAAAUGUCUCUCCACCCACUCUAAGGCAGACCAUUCCAUGGGAUUCCAACAGAAUAAAAGCAAAUUCUUCUUUGUUUGACUUAUUACUGACUUCUAUAAUGGCUUCCUCUGUAUACCUGUUUUCUCUCUCUCUCUCUUGUGUAGGUGAGGAUGGCUGAUGUACUGGUACAGUAGAGUACUUGUGUGAAUUAGGAUGAAUGUAUGGUCAAUGCUAUGCAGCAGUACUACAGUAUUAAACCUGACAAUGCCUAAAAGCUACACACAUACAGUAUCUAAGCUAAAUAGGUCUAUACACUUACGUGGGUCUAUGUGCAGUGAAAUACCUCUUCCAUUACCUUCAUUACAAACAUUACAGACUCUUCCUCACUGAAAAGUAAUUCACAGUUGACUCUGCUUAAACGUGGAAAAAGAAUGACCUGCUCACUUAAUUGCAAAUACAAGCAGUUGCACAUCUGCAGUUAAUGAAGAGUGGAGAUGACUACGGCUAUGCAAGGUUCUGACGGUCAAAAUGUGUCACAUUUUGUGUUCUGUAACCACAUGUCUUUAGUUCAUAUGAUUUCCUCCAUGUAUGUUUUGCUCCUGACUGUCGAUCGUUGCAGCCACGGAUCACUUACAGCCCCUUACCCUUGCAUGUGUAUAAAUGUACAUAUUUUAAGUCACUUGCCACUUGUUUUGUGUCUCUUUACCUCUCUUUUGUAUCAGUACGAUACAGUGUAGCUGAGCUCUAUUAAAAGUGCUCUGCUUUUUUUGCUUGUCUCGUUAGCCUCUCCUUAAAAAAUAUCAGUCAUAUUAGACAUUGAUAAACACCAGAGAUUAACUUGGAAUUAAUGUUUAUGAAAGGCCCUACACACCUGUGGCACACCCACACAGGUGUUUCACUGAUUUUUCCUGAUUAAUUCUCUUCUUUGGCCUGUGUGGGCUCGUACAGACUGUGCUUGAUUGACAUCCACCUCAUUGCCAUAUUGCACCUGUUAGGGCAGCUUACAUCUUUGUUUGUUCUAUUUGCAGGCAGUGUUACGUGACCUUGUGCAAUUCCCAGCAUAGCUCCACCCAACUUCAAUAAGAGAAGAAGUCUAAUCAACCGUAAUAAGUGAAAACACCUGUAUAGGUGUGCAGGUUCUCAAACAUUUCAUGUUGACAAAACUCACAUUUCCCCUGUCCC